UUUUUGUAGUUGCGCAAGUCAGCAGUUCACACAGAUCUAUGGGAAGCGGAGUGGGAAGAAGUAAUAUUCAGAACUGUUCUGAGGCGUACUGGCAAAAUAAGAACUUCCUCUUUAAUAUUCUCUGCUUAAGUUCAGGCGCGUUUUUUUUAUUGGUUUAUUAUUAUUAUUUUACCUUUGAAAAAGCCUGGGAAUAUUUGAGUGCCAAGGUCUCCUCAAAGAGAAGAGUGCGGUCAGCGGUUCGGUGGACUGACUUUCCAAGUAACAAUGGCCACUGCAAGGCUUGAUUACGUCGCUCCGUGGUGGACAUACUGGCUGCACAAUUUCCCUCACUUCAAUUUCUUUUUCAAGUCGGUCGACAACACUUUCAAACCGGAGGAGGCGAGCUAUCAGCAGUCACUGAUAAUUCUAGCGUGUGUUGGCGCAGUGGGUCUGGGUCUGAGCCUGCUGGUUCUGGCAGUAUAUCUGGUCUGCCUGUGUUGCUGUCGCAAGGACAUAGAUGAAGACACCAAAAGGCCUGAGACCUGCUGUGUCACCUGGACUGCCGUCAUCACAGGUCUCAUCAUAUGUUCUGCCGUAGGAGUGGGUUUCUAUGGAAACAGUGAGACCAACGAUGGGGUGUACCAGCUGACCUACUCGCUCUACAAUGCCAAUCACACAUUGGGUGGCAUCAACAAUCUGGUUGCAGGAUCUCUGGGCAAUGUGGAAACUGGACUCAAACAGCACCUGGAACGGCUGGAUGAAAUCUUUUCUGCAAGGGCCGACUACCUCCAAAGUCUGCGCUUCAUGCAGCUGAUGGUCAAUAACGUCAUCCGCGAGCUGGCUGUUCUGCCAGAUAUCAACCAAGCCAAUGUUGACUUGGCUGCUAUUUCUGACCAAACAGCCUCUAUUGAGUAUUACAGAUGGCUGACCUAUCUGCUGUUGCUGAUCCUGGAUCUGGUCAUCUGCUUGGCAAUGUGCGUGGGGAUGGCCAAGCAGUCUCGGUUGCUGCUUAUCACGAUCAUGGCUUUUGUAGUGCUGUCUCUGAUCCUGAGCUGGGCCUCCCUGGGAGCAGGCACUGCCACAGCUGUGGGCACCAGUGACUUUUGUGUGUCCCCAGACAAGUUUAUUGUUAACCAAACCAAGGACUUCCUCAGUGCAGAUGUAGCACACUAUUAUUUGUUCUGCAGUCCGAAUCUACCAAACCCCUUCCAACAGUCUUUGACAAUCUGCCAGCGUUCUCUGACCACCAUGCAAAUCCAGAUCCAGGGCUUACUGCAGUUUUCGGUGCCUUUCUUUCCCACUGCUGAGAGAGACCUUUUGGGGAUCCAGCGACUGUUGAACUCCACAGAGUUCAGUGUACACCAGCUAACAGCAUUGCUUGACUGCCGUGGGCUACAUAAGGACUACUUGGAUGCCCUAAUGGGUGUGUGCUAUGAUGGGGUGGAAGGGCUCCUCUACCUCUCUUUGUUUUCUCUGCUGGCUGCCUGCUCACUCUCCGUCAUGCUGUGUGCAAUUUUCCGAGUGUGGACACUAAUGGGCAGCAGAGACAAAGAGUAUGAUGAUAUAGAUGAGGAGGACCCAUUCAACCCCCAAGCGCGGCGGCCAUCCUACAACCUCAGAAGGUCCAACAUCCACAGUUUUUGUAGCUAUACGAGCAGCCUUGGUAGCCAGGCCAGCCUUCAUCCACCUCCACAAUCUGCUUCUAAUGUCGUACCACCUCCUGAAUACAUGAAUCAGUCCAUGCUGUUUGGAGGGAGUCCUCGAUAUGAGAAUGUACCGCUGAUAGGGAGAGGAUCCCCGCCGCCCUCGUAUUCGCCCAGUAUGAGGACCCCGUAUCUAUCUAUGACUGAUGCCCAAAUCAGACACUUUGGGACUGACUUCCAGGUGUAGCCUGCUACCUACUGAAUCCUUUUCAGAGAAGCACUGUCUGAGACUAUUGGUCCUUACCAAGGAGGCUGUCUUCACGGCAUAAUCCUGUUUAAGGGAGCUGCAGCCCAGCUGUCCCAUUCUGAGACAGGAAAGCAGGCCACAAGAGACAAUUACCUCAGUAACACACCAGUGCAGUGCCCUGCAUGCAGUUUUGAACAGAGUCAACCUGUACAGGUUCAUUUCAAGACUGUUGUUGAUGUUGUUGUAAUAUAUGGAAACACUGAUGCGCCAGUGUAAGCAUUUCUGUGAGCCAAAACAAGAACUGAUUCGAUAAAAAAAUGUUUUUUGCUUUUUCCUGUAUUCUGGUGGCCUGCAUGGAUAUGAUCAUCAAUAUGGUCAGUAUUUUGAUGUGAAGUGGGAUAGCUGAAUAUGACUCAUAGACCUUCCAUCUUGGCAUUUAGAUUUUUUGCAAAACCCCUACUAUUUGGCAGUAAUUUAAUUCUGUCAAAUUUUAGGCCUUUGUGUAAUUUUUAUUGGUGCUAUAAACGCCCUAUUUUCCACUUUUCUAAAUAAUACCUGCCAAAGAUUCUAUGAAGUUGAUGAUACAUUUUACUUUUAUCUUUCUCAGUAUGUAACUGCCACAGGUUUAAGCAUCUCUUUGUUCUUGUUGAAAUACUAUACUGCAAUGAAUGGCCUGCUGAUCAGGGAUGAGUCAUAGCUGAGGGGUUUAUUAUUGUUUUGUUACAUUUGGAGAUUAUAACAGUUGCAUGUGCAGAAAAACCCUCCUGGACUAAAUGAGCACAAUAGAAUGGAAUUUAAUUCAGCUCCAGGCACUGAGCUAUGACGCAGCUGGUAAAAUAUAAACUGAAUAUGCUGAAAUUUAAAGUUUGUUUUUAGAUCCAUCUGCCCCCAGUAUCUUGAGAAAGAGAAGUGUUUGAGAGAUCUGCUAUAUGCUGUUUUCUGUUUUAGAUAAUGUAUAAAACUACAAUAAUGUUGGACCAUAAAUGCUGUAUUCAGA